AUGACGAUUAAUCAAGUUAACGCUGCCACGUCCACCUUUACAGCCGCUCUUCUCAAACCCAUAAAAGAAACCAAGUCCAAGAAGUUGCUGGAUACGAUAAGACUACAACAUCCGCAAGAAGGAAAAGAUUUUACCAUGAAUUUUGUAAACAAUGAUGGUAAAAUAGUUUGCAAUCUAUGCAAAAACACUUAUGAGAAGAUGAAUGCCCUUUACCAACAUAUGAAGUUUCAUUUUGAUGGGGAUUGGAAGAUAUUCUUCACAUCACAGCCUAAAACGGUCACCGUCGACAAGGAGGCCAAGGUGGUUAAUUCAAUGGAGCCUCCACUUAGAUGGGCGUUGACCAGAAAGAGAACCCGUCGGGCUUUGCUGGUGGAUGAUAUUGACUCGAAGGUUUAUAAGGGACCGAUAAUGGAAGUUCAUGAUCCAACCGAUUUAGAAGGAGCGGAGAAUCUCCUGGUCCUAGGAUAUGGUGAUCAUACGUAUUUUCCUGAACCAAGUGUGACACAGAGGCAGAUACAUGCUGAAGAAUCCGAGGGCGGAAGUAAAGUUUGUUUUAAAUUCGAUUUGAAUCAGACUCCUCCGAUGGACAUGGAAGCGGAAGAUCUCUAUUAUCUUGAGGAGUUUAGGUACCAAGAAGAGUGUGUGAAUUGA